AUGUCGUGUCUACCCCAACGCUGCGCGCGGCAGCUCCUCCGAGAGCCCUUCCAGCGCGGCUCAUUACCUCUCUUCCUCACCCCCGCCUUCUCCCCAUCCCGCACACAAUGCUUCUCGACUACAUCCCCGAUGCAAUCCCGAGUCGGCGGCGCCGCCAUCUCCGUUCCCCCCGAGGUGACAUUGAGCUUGGUUGAUAUUCCCAAGAAUACUACUCGCACUCGUGGGAAGGAUGUUCCCAAGUUUACGGCCCAUAUUAAGGGUCCUAAGGGCGAGAUGUCGCUUACUAUUCCCUCUUUCUUGGAUGUCAACUACGAUGCUGCCAACUCAAAGGCUACCUUGUCUGUUGCGGACUCGGAGCAGCCUCAUCAGCGGGCGAUGUGGGGUGCGUAUUGUGGUCCGAUUCGCGAGACGCGCCGUGGUCAGGGACUAACCAAUCGAUUCAAUUGUUCAGGUACGGCGCGCGCACUCCUCCAGAAUCACAUCAUCGGCGUUUCAGAAGGCCACAUCUGCAUUCUCAGCAUGGUCGGUGUCGGUUACAGGGCCACCAUCGAGUCCAAGGCUACCACCGUGACUGCCUCCUAUCCCGGCCAACAAUUCGUUUCCCUGAAGGUCGGCUUCUCUCACCCCAUUGAGCUUGGUGUCCCCGAGGGCAUCAAGGCCAGCACACCCCAGCCUACUCGCAUCCUCCUGGAGGGCGUCGACAAGCGCAAGGUGACGCAGUUUGCUGCCGAGAUCCGUGAAUGGAGACGGCCGGAGCCGUACAAGGGCAAGGGUAUCUUCGUCAAUGGCGAGACUAUCAAGCUCAAGGCGAAGAAGAUUAAAUAG